UCUGACUACUGCCAAAAGCACCCAAAACGGUGAAUAAAUGUCAAUUCCUUUCUGAAUGUCAUUUUGACAACACCGACCAACUUUUUACCCUAUUUGAAUAAAUACAAUAAUAGGCCUCGUACCAAAAAUGACCGAAAAGAGUUGCAAAUGUGUACAAUUGAAGCAAUUCAACGAUCUGUUCUACAUCGCGGACACGGACGAUUUGAGAAAAGAUUUCUUCGAGAUUGAAUUUCAGCCAACUGCUGUGAACGAGUCCAACUCGAAAACGUUCACCAUUAUAAAUUCGUGCCAAGUCCCGUGUAAUUUCUUCAUAAAGCGAGACACUCGAAUGCAGUACAUGUACCGAGCGUUUACAAUAACAGAAGAAAACAAUGCCAGUGUGUUACCCAGACACUCGUGGGAGAUUAAAAUCGUCUUCUCUCCAAAGCUUCCGAACCAGGAGUACUGCGAAAACAUCCAGAUAUACCCGACUGCAAUGCAACACUUUAGACUUUCGGUGAAAGGUAGUUCAUUAGCUCCUCACAUAAUUUCGUCGAUGAAUUGUCUAAUGUUUAAUAUAAGUUUGAAAGCACAGAACGAGAAACGUGUUUUCGAAUUAAAAAAUAACUCUUCGGUAACAGCGUUCUACCAAUUCGAUAUAAACGAAAGGGGAAAUGGGUUGUACAAAAUACGCAACAUAAAAGGAUCACUUAGACCCAAACAGCAUGCGUAUGUCGAUAUAAUAUUUAAACCAAAGAAACCAGGUGUUCAUUGCAGAGAUUUGGUAUGUUUGAUAUUCAAUCAGCGACCGCUUGUGUUCCAUUUGGUAGGAUUAUAUUUUCCAAAUGAUGUAAUCGACGAAAACAAGUUUGUGGUAAUACAACACGAGGCAUCAGGAUAUGAAUAUUACUUUAGGGACAACAGCGAAAUGAAUUCUGCUGUUACAUUCGAUACUCUUCACUUUGACUUUGAAAAGAUUGAGAUCAUUUCACAGAACAAUGAGCAUAACUGCGGAAGAAGGACUUUGUCUUGUAGGAAUUGUUUGGAGAAAGAUGUACUUUUAGAAUGGGAAACAGAUUCUGACAAACAAUUCGUUAUAAUACCUCCUAAAAUAAUCCUCAAAAAAGAAGAAACAACCAGUUUUGAGUGCAAGUUUUUUCCCACUUAUUCCGACACUGUUUAUUCUAAAAUUAUCAAAGGUUUUUUAUACAAUAAUGAGUUGAUAGAACAAGAAAAGUUACAGAUAUAUGUACCGAUCUGCUUCAAUUUGAGGAUGAUAGGAAACACGUUUAUCGGCACUUGCUCCUGGUUACCUCGGAUAGAAAUGCAACCCAAAGUGAUAACGCUAGCCCCUGUUGUACCAGGCGAGAUCACUUAUGGCUCAUUCAUUCUCAAAUCGUUCGGUCAUUUGCCGGUGCUUUUCAAAUUCGUUGCCCCAAAAGAAUCGAACGUUAUUAUCAAACCACUGGUAGGAACUUUUACGGACUACCAAAUUUUCGCGGUCAAACUCCACGCGGACAAGGACAUAGAAAGAUGUUACUUCGAAUAUUGGAAAGUGAUUUUUAACAAUCGAAAAGAAAGCUUUUACCAAUUUUCCGUGCAAUGCUGUUCGCAGUUUCCGAGACUAAUUGUCGGUCACGAUGACGUUAUACGUUUCGGGACGAUUUACGCUGAAUGCGAAUCGUCAGUAACCGAGCCACUGUUUAAUCCUACAGUUCUCACAAUACAAUAUGCUUUCCUCUUGCAUGAGCAUAGCGGUAUAAAAAUGAACACGAUAAGCGGUCGCAUUGGACCCAACCAAUUGGCAUUUGUAAAUUGGAGAUUAAAAGUUGACGUAACAACGCCACAACAGAUUCCUGUCAGGUAUGAAAUGCACGUACUACGCGACCUCAAGGUCGUAUCCGGAAAACCUACAGUGGGCACGGUUACAUUGUAUUCAAAAUCAGAAUAUUCCACUUUGUGCGCCUUUCCCAAACGCCACGACUUCGAAGAAGUGUUUUAUGGACAAGUUUGCGAAACCGAAUUUGAUCUCCAUAAUCUAGCAGAGCCGAUCGUAUAUUUUACUUUACUGUGCAAAGAAAAGCGUCCCGAAUUUAAAGUAUCGAUCUGCCCUAAAAUGGGAACGUUACAACCGAAAACGAGCAGUCGAAUAUCGAUCAAGAUAACGGCAAACCAAUCCGGAAAACACAACUUUCAAUUCUAUUACAAGAUUCGCGAGAGCGAAAAUUCGAAACGUUUCAUAAACGACGAAACAUUUCGCAUAUUCUCGAUCGAUCUCAACUGCGUGUAUGCAACGAUACAAGUAGUUAAUUUAGUUGGAAGUAAUUUUGGACCGUUGUUUUCGAAAGUGGUCCUGUGGAAGCUCCUCAGAAUUGACGAUCUCAACGAAAUUUUUCGAACGAUCGAAGCGAAAGAAACGAGAACAAUUGAAGCGAACCUUCCUGAUUACGAAGUAAAUGACAAUAUAUUCCAAUGCACCCUUAUCGUUAGAAACGUAAGCCGUUCCAACUGUAAAUUUUCCGUAAAAGCCAUUAAACUCUGCGGAUGUCCUCCACGUACAGUAUCCGACGGUCUAUCCAGGAGAAAAGUUGUAAACGACUGUCCUCAUUCGGAAAUGGCGAAAAUUUGGACAACAGUUAAAGAUGUCAUUUCGGUAAACUCGAUCGCCAGCGUCCAGAUAAAAAUGAGAUAUCUCAUUCCGGGAACUUGUCGAUUUUUAGUUAGAAUACUACUGGGAGACCAACGUACGAUUCAAAUCAAUUUUGGCGUGAAAUGUUUAACCAAUUUAACUCUAGUUCCGUCAUCUUACUAUCCCCAUUUUAGUAUGACAUUAAAUCCAACGUAUAUCGGUUUAAAUGAUACCGAAAUACAAGAAUAUCGACUGUAUAAUAACACAUCCAACAUCGUUAAAUACGAAUUGGAUACGUCACCGCUUAUAGACGUCAAUUUCGAUUAUCAAAGUCUAAUACUGGAUUGCAUAAACCCCAACGCCGUUAUCCCGCCGUAUUCCUCGGCGUCGAUAUUCAUUAAAUUUAAACCAAUUGAACAUAAAUUGUACACGAUUAGUACUGACCUUUUGUUGGGGAACGAAACAGUCACCUUUACUGUAUGCGGACAGGGAACCAACAAUCUUGAACCGAUAGGAACAGAAUCUCUUCAUACGGAGCAAUUCAGUUUAGAAAACGCAAUCGAAUUAUCUACCGAUCACAUCACCGUCGAAAGACUCGAUUUAUGGAGCGAAGAACUGAGAUUAAUUUUUAUCAAAAAUCUCACAGAUGACAAAAUUAUAGGAUAUUCUUUUGAAUACAAAUGUAUUCCAGGACUUAUUUUUAUACAGCCUGAAUAUAAAAAAGGUACGUUACAACCCAAGGAAGUCCAGGCAGUUGUUUUCCAAAUCAAGUCGUACGAUAAACCUUGUAAUGUUCUUGUCCAAAUGGCAUGUACCAUUUUGGACCAUACCCAAUACGUUGCUUACAAAACAGCCGAACAACUCAAAAAACUAGAAAAGGAAAGGCACAAGGAUGAUUUCACCAUAACCGAAAAAGGAAUAGAAUAUCCAGUUUCCGACGACAGAAUUGACCUUCCAUGUCCAAUGGUGAGCUACACGUCACUGGCCAUGUGUAUAAACGUGUCCAAUACAAGGGACAGGGACCUUCUGAUACCCGUUAGUCAACAAUACAAACUAUCCCCUCCAAUGUACCUUCAGCUUAACAGUGUCGAAAUAAUUGACAACUAUUGCAAAACUAUUCAAAGCCAUUUUCACGAAACCCUCAUUGAUUUCGACUCGACAACAGAUCAAAAUACGAAGAGGAUGAUUCUGUUAAAGAAAAACGAGAUGGAGCUUAUCAAAAACGUUGCUGAAUGUCUGAUAGCUGACGCUGUUUUUAAUGAUAUGUUCGCCAAUAUCGUCGAAGAACAAAGCCACUGCGAUUCGCCGUUUUAUUAUCAAUUUAAAAUGAACGAUGAAAUAAUGCCGAAAGAAUACAGAACUACAAAAGCAGAUUUUCAGUGUCGGAAAGAACUGAUAGAGAAAUAUCUGAAUCGUCCUCCCAGCUCUGUGGUGCAUGACGUUUUCAAGAAUCUCAUAUUCGAAAGUCUGCAUGAAGUCUACGAAAUGGGGCCGCCACCGUUCAAACGUUCGAAUAAACAAUACGUGACCGAUCUACGGCAAAAAUUCGCACCACCCUCUUGCAAAUGUCCGAAAUUCGGUGAUCACUAUGAUCCAAAAUACCUUUACGGUCCAAUGAAAUAAAUU